GAUUUGAGGACAAAUCCUCUUGAAGAGGGAGAGAAUGAUACGAUCAUGAGUUCCCUAAACAUGUGGAAGGAAACUUAUAAAAAAUGCACAAAAAAUAUUUUGAAUGAAGAUGCUUUGAGCCCAACUUAAAGCCCAAUUCACAUGAUAAGAAACAUCCUUGCCUGAUUUCUCUGUCAUCUUCAUCUCAGCAAUCAAUUAGUGACUUUAUAAAUAAAAAACAAUCAACUAGUGAAUAUGUGAUAGAAAGCAUAUUUUGAAAAUUUGGUAAAUAUCCAUUGGUUUUGAUACAAUUCCUUGUCCACUAGAAAAGACAAAUAGAAUGUGAUUCUAUAUGUCCAUAUUGUUACAUCCCAUAAAGAUUCCAACACACUUGAUUUAAUGGACACACCUCCAACUGAAGAUCAUCAUCAUCAUUCUUAAAAUAUAAAUUCCUACUUCACUGAUUUGGCUUAAAUAAAAUAUUCUCCAAAACUCCAAAAGAUGGCAACCAGAAGAGCAAGAUGCAGCAAGUGUGGCAGGGCAAUACUAGUGCCAAUAGAACUAGAAGAGUAUGGCUAUGCCACUUCCAUAACUAUGAUAUGUUCUGGUUGCAACUCUCGAGGUUUCUCCCAGCAACCCAAUUACCCUUUUGUCAACAACAACGUACCUCCUCCUCCCGCCUAUGGGAGACGUCAGUCUUGGCCACAAACACUGAUGGCCCCGCAACAUUCAAUGGCACCUCCUUCUCCAUAUGGUAACAAGAGGGCUGUCUUAUUUGGUAUUAGUUAUAGUAAUCAUGCUAACAGUCUUAAAGGUUCUCUCAAUGAUGUUCACAACAUGAAAUACUUUCUCACUCAAAACAUGGGUUUCCCUGCUGAUUCCAUUCGCAUGCUCACAGAUGAACCAGGGGAGAGAAAUCCGAUGAGAAUCCCAACAAAAUAUAACAUGCGAAUGGCAAUGAGGUGGUUGGUUGAAGGCUGUCAACCAGGGGAUUCAUUGGUGCUUCACUUCUCAGGACAUGGAUCAAGGGAAGUGGACCAUAGCAUGGAUGAGGUUGAUGGGUAUGAUGAAGCUAUAUGCCCUGUUGAUUAUGAGAGUGAGGGGAAGAUACUCGACGAUGAAAUCAACGCUACAAUUGUUAGGCCUCUACCUCAUGGUGCCAAACUUCAUGCUGUCAUCGAUACAUGCUUUAGUGGGACAGUUCUCGAUUUACCAUUUAUGUGCAGGAUUAACAGAAAAGGUUAUUAUGGAUGGGAAGAUCACAGACACCCCAGAGCUGGCUACAAAGGCACGAGAGGUGGGCUAGCAGUUUGCAUUUCAGCUUGUGAUGAUGAUGGAAGUGCAGCAGAUACAUCGGCCUUUAGUGGUAUGGAAAGUGCUGGUGCCUUGACUUACAGUUUCAUCCAAGCCAUGAAAGUUGGACGUAACCUAACUUAUGGUCAAUUGCUAAAUGGCAUGCGUUUUACCAUCCACGGGGUUAGAGAAAAGUUUGGUCCGGAUUAUCAAGAGCAUGUCAUUGAGAAUCGGCAGCAGUAUGCUCAUGAGCCACAACUGUCGAGUUCUGAGAAAUUUGAUAUUUAUUCAAAGUAUAUUGCAAUGUGAAAGAUAACUGGGAGUGGGCAUUGAAAAUAAAAUGAAUAGACAUGUUGGUCUUGUUUGUAGGAAAUAAAAUAUGUCAAUAUAUGUUGAUUUGUAAAUUUGAAGACUGAGCUAGCUCUGCAAUUUCAUCAAUGCUUUUAUGUUACAUCUCAUGAAUUACAAUCUCAUCUAUUUUCAUUAGAGUAUUUUGCUUCAAACUUGAUUAUAACACCCCAAAAUGUUGUUUUACUUAAACAAAAACCAUUGCAUUAGACUUUUUAAUUAGUAAAACAACAUUUUGGGGUGUUAUAAUCAAGUUUGAAGCAAGGUAAUUUCUACCUAAAUAUCUUCCUUUUGAGAACUCUUGACCCAAUUCUCCUCUUUCAAAUCACAGUUUUCUCAAAACAAACAAGAUGUUAAACUUGGUUAAAACACAUCUAAGGAGCACAUCAAUAUUCCAAAAGAGAUAUCCAUGACUAAACAUGUGUUUGGAAACGCAGUGCCAGUGGUACGGUAAUGAACACGCAGCUUCUGGUCUAACAUGAGUUAUCGCCAUGAAACUUUGUUUUCCAAGUACAUGCUAAAAACUAAAAUAACAUAAAAUUGCACACAUAUAUGUUAUUUUCUCUUCACGUAAUAACAAAAACUAAAACAUUUCAUAAUCCCUAAAAAUUAAACAUCAAAUUACUCUUCUUCUCCUUCUUCUUUGAUGUAUCUAAAAAGUGAAUCUUUUCUUAUAAUUAGGACCGGAGGGAGUAUUAGUUUAUAUUCAAAUACUGUUUGCAGUAGCAGUUUGCACUCGUCAAGUAGAUUUGAACUUUUAGACGAUUCUCGUGAACCAAACUGUUGGUAUUUUGCAGACUGCUACUGUCAUAACUCAUGUGUGCAGUACACUCUGCCUCGGACCUGGAUUCCAUGCAGUCAAAGCAUUUUACAGUCAUGCAAUCACUGCAUUGGAGCCCUUAGAUUGAAUUUUGAUCAAAUAAAUAAUAUACUUUGAUAUGCAUUGUGAACACCCAAUUGAGCCUUAUAUAUCCUUAAAUCCUUAAAGUUAAAGAUGUAUGAAGCUAAAUUGUGUGCAUAGAAAAUAUAGCACAACUAUCAACCAGACCAUGUCACAGCUGUUUGUUAAUAUGCCAAACAUGUUUAAAUUUACACUUCCUUGUUUAGUAUAUAGGACAAUAAUAAUAAUACUUCCAAUUCCAAUAACAUCACUAAACUCCCAGCCACUUAUGAUAAUAAUACUACAACAAACAUAUUCUUAACCAAGGUGCUGAUAAGUGAUAAUCCCCCAUUUAAACUUAACAUAUUCUUAACCUACAUUUUAGUCCUACUAACUCUUACAUGAAGUUGAUUUAAAUGUGUUUUUUGCAGGAGCCGCAAUUGUCGUCUUCUGAGAAGUUUGAUAUUUCUACCAAGUUGUUUAUAAUCUGACACAUACAUAACAGUAUUGUUAAAUAAAAUGGGCGCAAGAAUAGAAAAAGACUAACGUCCAGUUGGGAAUAAGGAAAGUACUUGGAUUGGAUGUAUACUAUGUACCGACUCACUUGUGCUGUCCAACCACUAGCUGUUCCUAAACAUUGAUGUAGAUUAAGACACUUUUGACAAUAAACUACUCUCUGAUUUAUGUGUAUAUGAUUCAUUGAGGAAGUGAAUGAGUUAUGUAAAUUACAUUGUUGAUUUUUGGUUCGGUGUUUGCUUGUUCUUUGCUGAGAUAAAUACAAUCUUUUUCCGAGAAGCUA